UUUCCCCUGGAAAAAAAGCGCCCAGCUAUUUUUUAUGGCUGACGUCUUUGUGUUUUUAGCUAUUAGCCGUUCCUGCUAACAAAGUUUUCCAAGUAUUUUUUCUUCUGUUUCAAAAUUGUGCACACGAAUUGCUAUCAUAAGUCCACGCUGUGAACAAGAGCAGUUACACGGGACUUGAAAGUGACUAUGGAAGAGGUUCAGCAAGGGAGCAAUGGCACAGAGUCACAGACUGUCACUAUCCCCACCACCAUCACAGCCUCUCAGAUCUCACAGAUAGCCCAACAGAUGUCGCUGGGCGGUUCUGCUGUGACUGUGGUGCAGCUCCCAGGAGGUCAGUUUCAAGUUCAAGGAGUGAUCCAGUCUGCCCAGUCAUCAGUCAUCCAGUCCCCUCAGAUGCCGGCUACACGGGGUCAGGACACAGACAGUGAAGAUUCACAAGACUCAUCAGACAGUGGAGCUGCAGCCCAAAAAACCAGAGAGAUACUGGCAAGACGACCCUCAUACAGGAAGAUCCUAAAUGAUCUUUCAUCUGAGGAAGUGACAUCACACACUGAGGGAAAGGAUGAAAACCCUGCCUCCACAGGGGUGACAGGUGUUACUGUUCCCACCACCCCAAUCUACCAGACCAGCAGCGGCCAGUACAUCACUAUAGCCCCUAAUGGCACGAUCCAGCUGGCCACUCCUGGGUCCGAAGGCAUUCAGGGAAUACAGACUCUCACCAUGGCUAACUCUGGUGCAGCCCAGCCAAGCACCGCCAUCCUUCAGUAUGCCCAGACACCUGAUGGUCAGCAGAUUCUCGUGCCUAGCAACCAGGUGGUUGUACAAGGUGCAGGGGGAGAGGUGCAGACAUACCAGAUUCGCACAGCGCCCACAUCCAGCUCCCUGCCUCAGACUGUAGUUAUGACCUCUCCUGUGGCACUGUCUCAGACUAAGAGUGACGACCCAACAAUGAAGAGAGAAAUCCGCCUCGCAAAAAACAGGGAGGCAGCCCGUGAAUGUCGCCGGAAGAAAAAGGAAUAUGUUAAAUGUCUGGAAAACCGUGUGGCUGUUCUAGAGAACCAGAACAAGACCCUGAUUGAAGAACUCAAAACGUUAAAGGACCUGUAUUGUGUUAAAACAGGAUAAGCUGUUUGAUGAGAAGUUGAGCAGUGAGACUUAAUAUGGCUACAGCACAGCACCGCUCUGCCAUUUGGACAUCAAGGAGUUUUCUGGGAACACCUUUCAUUUCUGGAAUGAGGCUGAAAUCCUCCAGUUUUUUUUUUUUUUUUGUUUGUUUUUUUGUUUUGUUUUUUUUAUUCUGUUUGAUACAAAAGUGAUGGCCAUUAAAAUACCCUUAUAAAAGACAUGAAUGAGAAAUUGGCUGUUUUUUCACCUCCUGUUUUUUAGAUUUGCUAAUGCUGUAAUGUUUAUACUUGUGUAUAUUUUGAAUACAUGGAAGGUUUGAAUUUGUAAGCUUUAUCAGUGACCUUCAAUUUCUAAUUGUCCCUUUCCCUCUUUGCCUCUUAGAAUGAGCUUAUUUUCUCAUGUUUUUAAAAAAUCUUGCUGUAGGAAUCUUUUUUAAUCUUCUAACAGCAUCUGCAGAAUUUUGACUGUAUGAUUACUAUAAAGAUGUAAUUCCUGUUUAUUAUGUGAACCAGCAAUUCCCCCUUAUUCCCCCUUGAGGAGAUGUUACAAUUGUCAUUCCUUAUUUUCGUGCAAUGGAAUAUAAAGGGUAUUAGAUAUGAUGUCAUUGAGUACGGCUAGAUUGGUUGUUACCUGGCUGUUACUUAGACAAUCAGGGAAAAAGCACAGUGUCCAGGUAAUAUUUAUUUUGUACAUCUUGGGAGGGGUGGGGGUGAGGAGCAAACAAAGUGUAUGAAAUGUUGCUGAUUCUGUAAGCAAAUAAAUAUAUUUUCACUCUA